AUGGCUGUUGCACAAAUGUUGAAUCUUUACGGCUAUCCUCAGCUGAAUAACUACCUAAAGAACGUUCAUUACAAAGACAGCACCGGCAGCAACAUUUUUUUUGAUGAAAAAGGAGAACUUCCAAUGCCUCGAUUGAGGUGCACGGAAAUGUGUCAUCCAGGAUUCAGAAAAGCACUAAGGGAAGGAUAUCACAUCUGCUGCUAUGACUGUAUCCCAUGUUCAGAAGGAGAAAUUUCCAAUGUAUCAGAGAGUGAAGACUGCUUUAAGUGUCCUGAAAAUGAAUGGCCUGACAAAAAUAAAACCAAGUGUAUUCCAAAGACAAUGGAGUUUCUAUCCUAUGAAACGGAUAUUUUAGCUUUAGUUUUUUGUGUUACCUCUAUAUUCUCAGUUCUAAUUUCUACUUUUAUAGCUGCAAUAUUUUUCUCAUUCCGAGACACCCCCAUUGUUAAAGCAAAUAAUCGGAAUCUGAGCUUUGUCCUCCUGGUCUCCCUCAAACUGAGCUUCCUCUGCGUGUUUUUGUUCAUUGGUCGCCCGUUGGAUAUAACCUGCAUGAUACGUCAUAUUUCCUUUGGAAUGGCCUUUUCUGCAGCACUUUCUUGUGUGUUGGCCAAGACCAUCAUGGUUUGUAUCGCCUUCAAAGCAACAAAACCUGGCAGCACUUGGAGAAAUUGGGUGGGACUGAAGCUGUCCAAUGCUGUUGUCUUGGUCGGCUCCUCUGGUCAGGUUCUGAUCAGUGUUAUUUGGUUGUUACUCUCUCCCCCAUUUCAGGAAUUAGACAUGCACACAUUUACUGGGAAAAUCAUUGUUCAAUGUAAUGAAGGCUCUGUCCUGGCCUUUUUCUGUAUGUUGGGUUACAUGGGGCUUCUGGCAGCUGUGAGUUUUGUUCUAGCUUUCAUGGUACGGACAUUGCCAGACAACUUUAAUGAAGCCAAACACAUCACAUUCAGCAUGCUGGUGUUCUGCAGUGUGUGGGUCUGUGCUAUACCAGCCUAUCUGAGCAGCAAGGGAAAAAACAUGGUGGCUGUAGAAAUAUUUGCUACCUUGGCAUCAAGUAUUGGAAUUGUAAGCUGUAUAUAUCUCCCAAAAUGUUAUUUGAUUCUGUUCAAAGCUGAACUUAACACUAAACAACAUCUUUUAGGUAAAACCUUCUUAUAA